AUGUAUGUGGGUGAGAGGAUCCUCCGUGCCAGUGUAGAAGGCGAUACGGAGUGGCUGGAUGUCUUUCUCCUGGUGGUAAUUAAGGAUGCGUUCGAUAAGGGCCCAGGUCGUGACUUUGCCCAGAGGGGUUGGUGGUUGCACUGUUAUUCGCUUUCCAGGCGUCGAACCCUCUCGAAGAGAAGCCUCAUGGCCGGGUCGGCAUGA